AGAGUACUCGACGGUGCUGUAUGUGGGGAAGAGUUCGGCGGGGAGAUUGGUGUCGGCGAUGGGGCGAGGGAAGGGGUUGCGGAGGGAGCAGAAGGGGCAGUGCCAGAUGCGUGACUGGUAGUCGAGGCGGGCGUAGGGGUUCAAAACGGCGCCGCAUCGGGAGCACACAAGUGCUUCAUAGGGCAGAAUUGGUAGUCUACACCAUUGUUCAUGGCGGAAUUCCAACAACUUUGGAUGGACCCUUCAAGCCUGUCACCGUUCCUCUUGAUCGGAGCUUCCGUGGAAACGCUGUGGACCUCCCAGACACAGAUCCUCUUGUUCAAAGAACUGUUGAAGGGUUCCAGCCAGAACAAAUCUCUGUCUCCCUCUCUGCUUCUCAUGACUCUGUUUGGAUUUCUUGGAUUACUGGGGAAUUCCAAAUUGGGGACAAUAUAGAACCCUUAGAUCCUGAAAGUGUUGCCAGCAUAGUUCAAUAUGGAAGGUUCGGAAGGUCAAUGACUCACCAAGCUACGGGUUAUUCGCUUGUUUACAGUCAACUUUAUCCUUUUGAAGGCCUUCAAAACUACACGUCUGGAAUUAUACAUCAUGUUCGUCUCAAAGGAUUGAGAGCCAACACAUUAUAUCAAUAUCAAUGUGGAGACCCUUCUUUGUCAGCAAUGAGUGAUGUUCACUAUUUCAGAACCAUGCCAGUUUCAGGUCCCAAGAGCUACCCUAGCAGAAUAGCAGUGGUUGGAGACUUGGGUCUCACAUACAAUACCACAUCCACUGUUAAUCAUAUGAUCAGUAACCAUCCUGAUCUUAUUCUAUUGGUUGGAGAUGUUAGUUAUGCUAACCAGUAUCUUACUAAUGGCACUGGGGCUGACUGCUACUCUUGCUCAUUUCCUAACACUCCAAUCCACGAAACAUAUCAGCCUCGUUGGGAUUAUUGGGGAAGGUACAUGCAACCUCUGAUUUCUAGUGUCCCAAUAAUGGUAAUAGAAGGGAAUCAUGAGAUAGAAGAACAAGCUGAGAACCAGAUAUUUGUUGCUUAUAGUUCUCGAUUUGCAUUCCCAUCAGAAGAGAGUGGAUCAUCAUCCACUUUCUAUUAUUCUUUCAAUGCUGGAGGAAUACAUUUUAUAAUGCUGGGGGCCUACAUAUCCUAUAACAAAUCGGGGGACCAGUAUAAGUGGUUAGAGAGAGACUUGGCUUCUUUUGACAGGGAAGUAACUCCGUGGCUGGUAGCUACAUGGCAUUCACCUUGGUACAGCACCUACAAGGCACAUUAUAGAGAAGCAGAGUGUAUGAGGGUAGAGAUGGAAGACUUACUAUAUAAAUACGGCGUUGACAUUGUCUUCAAUGGACAUGUUCAUGCGUAUGAGAGAUCAAACCGAGUAUACAACUACACAUUGGAUCCAUGUGGUCCUGUUUACAUAACUGUUGGGGAUGGUGGUAACAGGGAGAAGAUGGCAAUUACACAUGCAGAUGACCCCGGAAACUGUCCAGAACCAUCAACCACACCAGACGAGUAUAUGGGUGGCUUCUGCGCGUUUAAUUUUACCUCUGGUCCUGCAGCAGGCAAGUUCUGUUGGGACCGACAACCUGAUUAUAGUGCUUUCAGAGAAAGUAGCUUCGGCCAUGGGAUUCUAGAGGUGAAAAAUCAAACCCAUGCGUUGUGGACUUGGCAUCGUAAUCAAGACUUGUAUGGUAGCGCUGGAGAUGCCAUUUACAUUGUUAGGCAACCCCAAAGGUGUCCCCCAGUCAAGCCAGAGCAGGGCGCCUAAAAAUUUAACUUAAAGAAGCAUUAAGUUUAUCAAUGCUACCGUGUGCUGCCAACCGGAUUCGGAGGUAUACUGUAUGUUAUCGUGUCUUAGCAACAGAUAUUGUAACCCAAUCC